CCUCUCCCUAAUAGUCACGAUCAAAUCGUUAUUUUAUUUCACUCGAUAAAUUCCGAAAUUUUCUGAUUAUUGAUUUAUUGCAUAUUUUUGAUUCUAUUGAUUCAUAUUGUUUGGAAAACAGUUCAAAUUUUUGAUAUUUCCACUUUAUGCGGGUAAUGGUGCGUGGAGCUCGGUGUGCACCCCGCAUAUGAGAUUCCCCCCUCUCUCUCUCUAGUCUCUCUUGUCUGCACUGCAGUCAGCCACCGCUCGCUCGGUUGGCGUAGGAAGGUCACGUUAUUAUAAAGCGGCUCGUCACUACCGGAGAGAGAAGGAAGGGGGGACUGCGCAAAAACCACGGUCCGGACUCGGUGCGUGUCUGACGUCAUGGGGAGCCACGGACCGAUGUGACGGGAUCCAGCCACCGACGAGCAAACGAGGAGAGACUCGACCAGCGUCCAGCAAACGGGAUGUCGACGCCGCACUCGCCCGCAAAGUGAAGCACUGCUCACUCGGAGGGGGGAUUUCGUGCGAGUCUGCGGCGCGCACCAUGCGAGUGCUCCCCCGCUGUUAAAGGGGCUGUUUUUUGCCUCAAACUAGGAGCCGACCAGGAGGGGAGGGAUAAGCGGCCAGAGAACAACUACUAAUCCCUGGGACGGUCAUAUUCACGGCGGGGCUAGAACCCGAGAGGGAAUGGACAGGGCAGCGCGAACUGGAUUAAAUGAUAGGGAAUAAAGAGGCGCAGCGCACAAAGCCAACCUGAAGUGUUAUGCCCGUUAACCCGUGUGGUCUUCUGCAUUUGGCUGGAAAUGGGAGCUUUGACGAGCAGACAGAACAUAGGCGUGGAAGAAGUGGACAUACCGUCCAAUUCGGUGUAUCGUUACCCACCGAAAUCUGGGAGUUACUUCGCCAGCCAUUUCAUCAUGGGGGGAGAGAAGUUUGACUCCACCCAUCCGGAGGGCUACCUGUUUGGGGAAAACACGGACCUUAACUUCCUGGGGACCAGACCAGUAGCGUUCCCGUAUGCAGCCCCUCCACCUCAGGAACCUGUAAAGACGCUACGAAGCCUUAUAAACAUUCGAAAGGACACGCUGCGGCUUGUACGGUGCAGCGAGGACCUGAAGCUGCCAGGAGACGAGGCGGCAGGGAAGAACCGGGCCUGCUACAACGUGGAGUUCACCUUCGACGCUGACACACAGGUGGCCAUCACCAUCUACUACCAGGCCAUAGAGGAGUUUCACAAUGGAGUGCCAGUCUACCUGCCCCAGGACAGCUCGCUGCAGUCUGAGACCGUGCAUUUCAAGCGGGGAGUUUGCCAGCAGUUCUGUCUGCCAUCGCACACCGUUAAUCUCAGCGAAUGGGCCGACGAGGAGCUGCUGUUUGACAUGGACAAGGAGGUCUUCCCCAUGGUUGUGCAGGCCGUCGUGGACGAGGGGGACGAACAUUUGGGACACUCACACAUUCUGCUGGCUACUUUUGAAAAGCACAUGGACGGGAGCUACUGUGUGAAGCCCCUGAAGCAGAAACAAGUGGUGGAUGGAGUGAGUUACUUACUGCAGGAGAUCUAUGGGAUAGAGAACAAAUACAACAGCCAGGAAUCAAAGGUUGCCGACGACGAGAUCAGUGACAACAGUGCGGAGUGCGUUGUGUGUUUGUCUGACGUGCGCGACACGCUCAUCCUGCCAUGCAGACACCUGUGUCUCUGCAACGCCUGUGCAGACACGCUGCGCUACCAAGCCAACUGCUGCCCCAUCUGCAGACUGCCAUUCAGAGCUCUGCUGCAGAUCCGAGCGAUGAGGAAGAAACUCAGUCCUCUCUCUCCUACAAGCUUUAACCCCGUCAUCACCUCCCAGACGUCCGACUCAGAGGAACACUCGGCAUCAGAGCACAUCCCUCCGGGUUACGAGGCGGUGUCUCUCCUGGAGGCGUUGAACGGCCCCCUGAACACCUCCACCGUUGCUCCUGGUGCACUCCACUCCGGUCCCAGCCACGUCUCCGGACCGCUGCCCCCUUACAGCAGCGAGCCCCACCCGGCGCCGGCCCGCUCCCUCUCCCCUCUAGACCACUCCAACUCCAGUCAGGGACUCAAACUCAAGAAGAGUGGUUCGAAGUCACUUUCCCAGAAUUCCUCUGUGCUUCCCGAGGAGGAGGAUGAGAAGUCUUGCAGUGAAUCUGAGGCCUGUCGUCACAAACUCGUUGUGGACCAGCAGGAGAGUGGAGUGACUCCAGACAGUGAGAACCUGACCCUCUCCUCGUCUGGAGCCAUCGAUCAGUCUUCCUGUACCGGCACCCCGCUCUCCUCCACCAUCACCUCCCCCGAAGAGGUUUGGAGUUCAGUCAGUUAUGACAUUGAAAAAGACUACCUCUCGUUCACGAAGAGAGACCCAGUGAGCAGCAGCCUGGCCCAGUCAGUGAUGUCCAUGGCCUCGUCCCACUCGCAGCACUCCCACAUCAGCACUGACACCAUGUCCUCCAUGUCAGGGUCCUACCUGGCCGGGGCCGAAGGCGAGCCUGGGGGGGACGAGGGCGGAGACGUGGAGGGCGAGGAGAACCAGGACGCCCCCAUGGAGAGUCGAGGGCCGUCGCAGCAGGACGGGGAGUUUCCCAAGGACGUUAAGGAGCAAAACUACUCGGUGGCUGUUGAGGAGCAGGACUCAGAGGGAAACGAUGUCACAGAAGAGGACUGCUCCUCCCCGUCGAAUGGGAAAGGUGGGCGGAGCAGGUGUCCAGAGUUGGCCAAUAACAAUCAGGGCGUCGCCCUCUGUGACACGCCCUCUUUGGGGUUGGAUAAUGAGCAAGCUCCCGACAGCCGAUUCGCCGACCUGAUGUACCUCGGGGGCUACAGGCCUGUUCUGGAGCCCGCCCCCCACCACAGCUCGACCCACAAUAUCAACCUGGAGGAGCAGGGGCCCGAGAACAGGGACGGCCAGAGUCCUAAUCAUCCCCGCCGCGGACCGCUCAUUGUGUAACACUCUUAACGCGAAACACACAAAACACACACACAAACCCUUCAGCUCUUCGUACCCUGCCAUAGUGCUGCAACGCUGGACGCUGUCCUCGCUGAACCGGGAUCCCCUUCCAACGUUUCCCGGAUUGAUUGUCGUUGCUUGUGCUGAAACUCUUAAGUGGAAAAAGGAGGAAAGAGGAAAUUCCCCCGUUCAUCAUUUGUGCACUUUGAAAUCUCCUCGUUUUCUCGUCUGUGACCCAAGUCGUCGUGGGAAUGAUUAGCCUACCGCUGCGUUAUUAUUUAUUACCUGUAGGAUUAAUGAGAGCUGUGUAUCGUGACACUUCAAUCUUUAGAAAUGCUGCUCCUCCCCCUUAUUCUUUCCUUCCUAUUACCAGCCAAACAGUCAGGGGCUACUGUGAUCGGCAAUCGGAUUUAUUACUACAAACUUCUCCUUCUCUGUUGUGAACUACGUGUUGAAUGAGUGGACGGACACUUUAAAAGUCAGCUCACACCGAACUACCUUACCUUACCUUACUGAGCUAAACCAACGCUGACCCUUCUCCUCGGAUCAGGGAGCUCCCGUCUCGAGCUUGCAUGCAGCUUUUUCGAGUUUUCCCUCUCAUUCCCGCCAAGAAAUCUACUGAAUGUGAAUUCAGACGCGACGUAGGUGGAGGUGGUGGAAAUCAACAGAAAUGGACUAAAGAAGAAGAAGGGAAAAAAAUAAAUAAAAUGCCACGCAGAAUGUAGGACGGUGAUGUAAUGAAGGGGAAUGUACGUGACAUCCGAAACUGGAAUUAAACACAAACUCUGAUCAUUGCCAUCCUCUCCCUCCGCAGCUCCAUCUUAGCAUGUCAGUAUUAUUGUAGUGCAACUGGAAAUCAACAAGUACCACCGAGCAAUAACAAAAACUGCGUCUCCUACUUUUCUCCUGCACUAGUGUCUGCAGUUCAAACUCAACUCUGUCUGCACUGGCCUCUUAUAAUACAAAAUCAGACAUUUCAUUUCAUGUUUUACUUUUUUUAUUCUAAUGUCGCCAUUGUAAAGGGAUUCGCCAUUGUGACUGAAGCAUCACACAAUCUGAAAGGGCCACAGCGUUAACCGGCAUCUCUUUCAUCCUCCUCGUGUUCCCUCGUUGUCAUCAUCCCUACGUAGCCCUUUUUUUUUGUGAAGCUUUUAGUUGUUUUGUAUAACAACUUUUAAUGUAUAUCUCACCUGUUGUUGUUUUUUUUUCUUUCUGUGUUUUAAUUUGUUGCAGAACACUGUGUUGUUUAUUAGGAUGAAAAUAUGUGAACAAUUUGUAAAGGUUUACACACUCGCGCAAACACGCGCGCUCACAGAUAACCGAAAAGGGACGAUAUCGACAUUUUAAUGCACUAUUUAGCUGAUUCCUAGACGACACACUUUGCGCGGUGCAUGAGGUGAUAGUAGAGUUAGCAUGUUAGUCUAGGUCAGCCUGCACCCUCCUGUAGACUUGAUGAUGGAUCACUGCACACACAUAAGGCGGUACCAUAUCCUUCUGUAGUGUUAUAUAUAUCGGUUGCUAGCACCCUGUUCCCUUGGCCGAAACGUUGAGGUCAAGAUUACUGCACUAUUAAGCUGCAAACAGUCAUGUGAUCACAGGUCUGAAUGUUUAAACGAAGCCGUCCUCUGGCACCAGUCGCAGUAUGAUAUCAAAGGAAUGGGUCCAAAAUCUGCAAGAACCCACUUUUCUAGAGUGAAAAUGUCAAAGAAGACUUCAAACAGACAAUAAAGUUUUUGCAACUAAA